AGAUCCCGGGGGUUUGAGGCAUUAUUUGGAAUCCGAGAUUUGUGGAAAAAUGACUGUGAUUUCCGAGCCUUCGGUUGCUCUGGUUAGAUGCAUUUUGCAGGAGGGGAAUUCUUUAGCUCUGGAUGCAAAUGAUUCAGAAGAUUUGGCUCUGUAUGGGAUUCUGAAGGAGGCCAUUGAUAUAGGGUGGGAAGAGCAGGGGAAAAUUUGUGAGGAAAAUGGGCGGGUAAAGAGGCAGAAGAAAUCAGGGGCGCAGAUUCAUUACAGGGGAGUGAGGCGGCGGCCAUGGGGGAAAUACGCAGCAGAGAUCAGGGAUUCACACAGGCAAGGCGUCAGGGUGUGGCUUGGAACCUUCGAUUCUGCUGAAGAGGCGGCCAUGGCUUAUGAUCAAGCCGCCUUUUGUAUGAGGGGUUCGAGGGCGAUUCUCAAUUUUCCCGCCGAUGUUGUGUGCAAAUCUUUGCAGCAGGCUGCAACCAGACAGAGCAAUUCCUCUAAGCUCGUUUUGUCUUCUGCUGAUGAGUGGAAUUACAGUGCUAUGUCACCAUCCCUGAAAAGACCUUUUGCUAAGAAGCCCUACAAAAGAUCGAGGGCAUUAUCGGCAGGGGAGAUCAAAAGCCCUAGUUUUAUUCAAUCUUGCCACAAUUACAGGCCUCAGGAAGCAUGUGAGUCGGUGAAAAUGUGUGGUGGAAGAGCACAAGUUCUGGAAUUCGAAGAUCUGGGCGUGGAAUACCUUGAAGAGCUCCUACUAUCCACAGAAUCAUGCUAAAUACCAUGUUUGAUUGGUUUUUUCUUUUUCUCUGUGAAAUUUAGCCAUCUUCUGUCCGUUUGCUUGUAUAAUACCCCAAAAAAAUCUUCAAAGGCUAUUUAUUUGUGAUGGAGAAAUUUUUUAUUGUUCAUAAGUUUGUUUUUCUAUUUGACCAUGAAUCUAUAUAGAUAUCUGUUUGGUCAAGAUUUAAGUACACAGAGGUAUUCAUUCUGUCAAUUUUAUUUUGCUAUUCAAUAUGGAAGCAUGAAUCUAUGUUGAUAUCUUUUCAGCUGAG